AUGGAGCAUGAAGCUCUGGUAAGGCAAUAGGCAGAUAUUGGGUAGGGGACAGACAUUGAGGAAAGGGGGUCUCGUGUGACCACAGGGGGGAGGGAGGAGGAGAAGGAGGAAGUGGAGGAGAAGGAUGGGCCUCGAACACAGACCUGCAGUGGCACAGCCAAUCCUGGAUUAAACAGUAUGGUAACGUUCCCAAAUUAAUCUAUCACUGCACUGGUUUUGUCUCAUCAUCCUCUAGUGUUUACACCCAUUCUCGUUGGCACCCAUCACUCAUUUCACCCAUGUCGCAGUGCAUGUCUCCUCCUCACAUGUGAAGACCCUUUUUUUUUAAUGCCAUAGCCGUCUGUUAUGAUCAUCUCCCUGCUUCUGCUCUUGUCUCCAGGAGCCUCACCCACCGUGGACCUAACCCUGUGUUUUCACACACACUGUUGGAUCUGAGCAUCGGCCAUUGCUGUCUCUGUGUCUCUGUGUGUGUGUUGUUUUUGUUGUAUUUUUUCCCAUCCAUCCAGAGAGGAAGGAACAUUGUGUAUUUCUUCCCUUUAUCCAGUCUGUAACAAAAUAAGCUUUCCAUUUGCUCUCAUUGAAAUAAAAUGAAUAGGUGAAUAGCCUGGUAUUGUAGUGCCUGCAGUCAUUCGUCCAUUAAAAUCACAUGCCUCCGUUUCAAUGCAGCUACCUGAUUGUAACCUACUUUCUAAAAUUAUCGCCUGCUUGUCAGUGGAUCUGUUGGAAAAUAGUGCUAGGCACUGGGGCUCCUCUGAGACCUCUUUUACAUGCUAAUACAAUUCUAAUAAAGCCUCAGUGGCCUGACUAGAUGAAUUAGGGCAGCGCUUGCUGAGAGAUGUGUGGUGUCAGUUGUCUGCCCUGGUUCCUGUCUGCUGGGGUUGGUGACAGUAGUGUUGUGAUGUCUGCCCAGGAGACGGGGUAAUAAUUCAAACAUAACAAAUUCCCACUCUCAGAAACAACUACAUGGUUUUUAUCCUAUAUUAACAGUCCACAGAUGGUUGUGUCUUUCAGUGAGAUGUUAAGAGUUCACACUGAGGGAGAUUAGACCUCCAUUGUUUGUCGAGCUGCCUGCCACGUUGCAGGGUAGAAGUGGCAGGGUACCCCCCCAUGUUUAUGUCAUGCAGUAUCACACCACUAGAUCAUACAUCACACAAGUUUAAAAGGGAUAGAAUGAUACAUUGACAGUGCAUCAUUGUUUUAGGCCUAACCAUUAUCAUCACCAUCACCAUCAUCAGUGCAAUGUGUUAAGGUGUUCAUGUGCCAAAAUAGUUUUUCACAGUUUAGCAGUAUGCACUGUGAAAACACUUGAUAUAAUAUCUGUUUAUUAAGGCUUAACAGUAAUCUGUCUGGGUCUUAUGCCAAGGAUCUGGGGGAAAGUCAGUGAAAAGAGAAUAAUCACCAGAUCUGUCAUUGCGAUGGGUGUUCUGCUUUAAAGAUCAUUUUUACCUUGCGAUGCUGACUUCACAUCAAUCAUGGCAACCACUUUCUCUCUAUCUGCGCACUCUGUCACCCCUGCCUCCCCCAUCCCCUUUCCCUGCUUAGCUGGAUAAAAGUGAAGUGACAACAUUGGGCCUGCCCCCCUCAGCCAGCCAUGGCGGUUCUGACGGUAACAUCAGCUUGGAUGGGACCGGGGUGGGUGCGGGGGCGGGGGCCGGGGCUGUGGCUGGGUUGGGGGCUGUGGCUGGAGGGGCUGAAGGUGUCACCGAGCCUCAGCGAACGCGGGUCGCUCUGGAGCACCUGCAGCAGAAGAUCCUGAAGAUCACUGAGCAGAUUCGGAUAGAACAGGAGGCACGAGAUGACAACGUAGCCGAGUACUUGAAGCUGGCCCACAACGCAGACAAGCAGCAGGCCUCGCGCAUCAAACAGGUGUUUGAGAAGAAGAACCAGAAGUCUGCACAGACCAUCACCCACCUGCACAAGAAGCUAGAGCAUUACCACAAGAAAUUGAAGGAGAUAGAGCAGGUGAGUGAGUGAGUGUGUGUGUGUGUGUGUGUGUGUGUGUGUGUGUGUGUGUGUGUGUGUGUGUGUGUGUGUGUGUGUGUGUGUGUGUGUGUGUGUGUGUGUGUGUGUGGUGGUUCCUGCCACACUCACUGGUUCCAUCUCAUGACUGAUGAUGACUCCUCUCCAUGGCUCAGCUGUUCCUAAGGGACAUUUGUAAUGUAAUGUGUUUGUCUCACUUGAAUGUUUUACCCUGACUGCUGCUUUCUGAGGUGAUGCACAGGAGGUUGGUGGCACCUUAAUUGGGGAGAACAGGCUUGUGGUAAUGACUGGAGCGUAAUCAGUGGAAUGGUAUCAAAUACAUCAAACACAUUGUUUCCAGGUGUUUCAUGCCAUUCCAUUUGCGCCGUUCCGGCCAUUAUUAUGAGCCGUUCUCAGCAGCCUCCACUGAGGUGAUGAUACAUGUUGUCACUUUCUAAGUAGGGUUGGGCGGUAUCCACAUUACCUUACGAAUUAAAUACAGAAAUCAUCCCUGUAUGAUGUAUGAUGCAUUUUGCAUCGUAUGAUGCAAAAUGCAUCAUACAGGGAUGAUUUCUGUAUUUUUAAAGUUACAUAUCUUAAAAAUGUGAGUGCUGAGAAGCAAAACAUUUUGGGACUAUGUCAACAAUGAACUAAUGAAACAAAUACCAAAAUAUCGUUUUUGGGUGGAAUUUCCCUUUAACAACGGGCUGUUGAAAAUACCUAUUUCAAUACCUGGGUUUGUAGAACAUAACAUGAGAUGUCACUCACUCACUAUCUAACGAUUGGUUGUUGUUGUAGAAAAGCAAAUAAGAAUGAUUAGCUUUAUCUUUCAACCAAUACACAUAUUUUAUUUUAAAAGUACAAAUAUUAACAUUUUAAAGAAACUGUUUCCACAGUAUUGGAAAUCAUGUCUCGGUAAUUCCUCGGUAUACGGUAUUAUCAUAAACCUGCCCAACCCUAUUCCUAGGUAGAUUAUCUGAGUGUUCUGUUCAGACUAUUCCCUCUUAUUGAUGAAGCAUGUGUUUGUAUUAUCCUAUCCCCCUCCUCUGUUGUGUCACCUCCACCAUUCCACUUUUAUUUCCAUCUCUCUCUCACCACUUCUCCAUCCAUGUAUCUGCUACUUCUUCACACCCUGUCAAUCUAUCCCAUUUAUUUUUGUUUCUCCCUGUCAUCUUCCAUCCCCCCUCCUCCUUCAACCCUCCUUAUAGAAUGGUCCUGCCCGUCAGCCUAAGGAUGUGCUGCGGGACAUGCAGCAGGGGCUGAAGGACAUGGGGGCCAAUGUACGAGCCGGGUUCCAUGGCUUUGGCGGGGGUAUGGUGGAUGGGGUCAAAGGAGGGGUGGAAGGGGUCAAAGGAGCUGUGGUGUCUAAGCCACGGGAGUUUGCCAGCUUGAUCCGCAACAAAUUUGGCAGUGCAGACAACAUCUCCCACCUCAUAGAGGACGGGGUGGGAGGGCACUCGGAGGACGCGCCCGCUCAACGAGCCCUGAGUGGCAGUGCCACCCUGGUCUCCAGCCCCAAGUACGGCAGCGACGACGAGUGCUCCAGUGCCACCUCUGGCUCAGCAGCAGGCAGUCACUCAGGCGGGGCCGGGGUAGGAGGUGGGAUGUCGGGGCAGGGGCAGGCUGGUCUGGGGAGCCCCAGACUGGAUGGGCACCACCACCACCACCAUCACAUUCACAGCUCCUGGGACGCCUUGCUGGAAGGCCUGCAGGAGAUCAAGGCCAGCCAGGCCCACAUGGAGGACGCCAUCGAGGACAUGAAGAGUCAGCUGCAGAGUGACUACUCCUACAUGAACCAGUGCCUGCAGGAGGAGAGAUACAGGUGCAGACCAACACCUAGGCCAAUACACAGAGCAUGGAAUGAGAGUUGGUAGUAUACAUCGAUCUCACACUAACUGCUGAAACAAGCUGCUUUGCUUUUAGCUUAUUUCAGUACAACAGUGUAAAUCGUGUUCAGUGUUUUCACUCUACAUGAUUUAUGCUGAAUGAUAUUUAUGAGGAUAAUUAAAAAGGUCAAGGAAACUGUUACAACAGGUUUUGUACAUUUCAAGUUUUGUCAAGAUCAGAAGUAGUUGUUUUAAUGUAUCAAACCAAUCCUUAAAUUAAACGGAGUGAUGCCUUGAAAACUCCAUAAAUAUGUAAAAUCUUUCUCUAAUUCAUUGAAUUAGUCUUUACGGCGCUGGUCUAAAUUCUACCGACUCUACCUCAUACAUUUUUUCUCUCUCUCUGUUUAGGUAUGAGCGACUGGAAGAGCAGCUGAAUGACUUGACAGAGCUGCACCAAAACGAGAUGACUAAUCUGAAACAGGAGCUGGCCAGCAUGGAGGAGAAAGUGGCCUACCAGUCCUAUGAGAGAGCCAGAGACAUACAGGUAGAGAGAUAGAGACCUGGAUUUACAGUAUAUGAUACUUUUCCUGUAGAUAACCACACAAGUAUGACUCCAGAAAUGAGCCUUGUUCCCCUAAUUCAGUUGUAACAUUGCGUUUUCCUGUGUUUAUAAUUUGUACCUGUGUGUGUAUGUAUACAUGCAGGAAGCGGUGGAGUCGUGCCUGACCCGCAUCACUAAGUUGGAGCUACAGCAGCAGCAGCAGCAGGUGGUGCAGUUGGAGGGUGUGGAGAACGCCAACGCCCGCGCCCUGCUGGGCAAACUCAUCAACAUCAUCCUGGCACUCAUGGCCGUAGUGCUGGUCUUUGUCUCCACCCUGGCAAACUUUAUCACCCCACUCAUGAAGACCCGAGCGCGGGUGGCCACCACCAUCAUGCUGGCCCUGUUUCUGUUCAUCCUUUGGAAGCACUGGGACUUCCUGGAGCUGUGGCUACUGCCCAGCUGA